UAAUUGAUGCAAUCCAAAUCAGCCUCUCUAUUAAAGGGCAACAAAACCCAAACCCCAAAUAAUCUUUCUGUUUUCCUCUCAUUCUUUGUUUGAUUCUCUGCUUCUUCUUGUCUUAUAAAUAAUCAAUCAAUCAAUCAUCCAAGUUUUGAAGGAGCUAAAAUCCCCAGAAACCUUGAUGGCUUCAUCACAGGCCAGCCUUCUCCUUCAAAAGCAGCUCAAAGAUCUUUGCAAACACCCCGUCGAUGGCUUCUCUGCCGGUUUGGUCGACGAAACCAACAUCUUUGAAUGGAGCGUCACCAUUAUUGGACCCCCAGAUACCCUUUAUGAGGGGGGAUUUUUCAAUGCCAUCAUGAGUUUUCCGUCGAAUUACCCGAAUAGUCCUCCAUCAGUGAAAUUCACCUCAGAGAUAUGGCACCCCAAUGUAUAUACUGAUGGCCGGGUUUGCAUAUCAAUCCUUCAUCCUCCUGGUGAUGAUCCAAAUGGUUACGAGCUUGCUAGUGAGCGCUGGACGCCUGUUCAUACAGUAGAGAGUAUAGUAUUGAGUAUCAUAUCCAUGCUUUCCAGUCCUAAUGAUGAAUCUCCUGCCAAUGUUGAAGCUGCGAAAGAGUGGAGAGACAGAAGAGAUGAUUUCAAGAAAAAGGUUAGCAGAUGUGUAAGGAGAUCACAAGAAAUGUUGUGAUUUGUCACCUGUUCCACCACAUCCUGCUUUUGUGAACUGGAGGGGACAUGUAAGUUAUGUGUAAUGGAACGUUCACCUAUUACCUUGUAAGAAUGGCGUUGGAAGCUGUCCACAUUGCUUUCUUCAGUUCCAUGAUCUUCUCUGCAUGGCCAUUUGUCAUGACUUGGAAACAAACUGUAUUAAAGUGUUUUGGCUUUUGGUUUUGACUAGUUUAUUGGAAAUUUACUUUUGUUCUUUCUAUUGGCUGAAUAUUAAACAAACGUUUUGGCCAUUUGUUCCUUUCUCCUCAUUUUCUUUUGGCUGAAUAUAAUGAUUUCUGAUUCUGCA